UUCCCUUGUGACAGCCCCUGAAACAGGUUGCAGAAAAAAAAUUGUAACUUAUUCCAUCAUCUUUGCAGGGUAUCAAGCUAGUCGGUGCGAGAUGAAGGGGUGGACUACUGAGCCCAAAGCAUUCCAUGCAUGUUCGGAAUAUAUGGCGACAAAGAACUUGUGCAAAACACGAAAUAUAAAAUGAAGAACAAAUCUCGACAUCAUGUCCUCCUCCAAAGAAUCUGGUGAUAUUUUUCUUCCUUUUCGGCCAAUCCUCUCAAACCGAAACCACGGCCUAGCAUCACAACUAUCAAGACGGAAAGAGCAUCUUCAACACAAACUUUGAGGGGAACAAAACCAUGUCCAGGUCUAAAACUUUGAACCUCACGCAAGCAGGAAUUGCCGACCUCAGAGAGGCACUCAACUCUGGGAGCUUGACGAGUGUAGAGCUGGUCGCUCGCUACAUGCAUCGAAUUGGUCAAUUCGACAUGCGUGGUCCCUGCUUGAACUCGGUUGUUGUACUGAAUCCCAACUUAUUCGCUGAGGCGCAAGCCUCCGACGAUUAUCGAGCAUCUGGACAUCCCCUAAGGCCGCUGGAGGGAAUCCCUUUUACGGUAAAGGACAGCUUCAAAGUCAAGGGCAUGACUGUCGCGGCCGGGUCACCAGCUUUCGCCGAUCUCAUCGCCUCCGACGAUGCAGCUAUCAUUGAGCACCUUCGGGACGCUGGAGCUAUAGUACUCGGCAAAACUAAUAUGCCUCCCAUGGCGGAUGGUGGCUGCCAGCGGGGACUAUACGGCCGAGCUGAAAGCCCCUACAGUACUGUCUACUCAACCACUGCGUACGCAUCGGGCUCAUCCACCGGCUGUGGUACUUCAACGACGUCUGCGUUUGCUGCUUUUGGAAUUGCAGGUGAGACUGUAACAUCUGGGCGUGCUCCGGCCUCCAAUAAUGCCUUGGUCGGAUACUCUCCGUCUCGCGGAGUGAUCCCAAACCGUGGUCAGUGGCCUUUAUAUCCGACCUGCGAUGUGAUCGUGCCCCACACGCGGACAGUCGCAGAUCUCCUAGAUGUCCUCAAUAUCAUUGUUGCAGACGACGCCAAGGCCACACAAGGUAUUGAUUUCUGGAGGAACCAAACAUUCAUCCCCAUUCCGCUAGCCUCUGAGGUCCGUCCAGUCGAUUUUCAUAGCCUUGAAAACCAGAGUGCACUUAGGGGGAAAAGGAUAGCCGUGCCAAAAUGCUUCCUUGGAAUUGAAGGAUCAAAACCGCCCACCUAUUGCAGCCAAGCUGUGCGUGAGCUAUUCGAUCAAGCACGACAAGAUUUGGAGGCGCUUGGGGCGACUCUUGUUGAAACCGAUUUCCCUCUUUUUGAGCAGUAUACCUCAAAGGAUUUUCCCGGUCAAGGUACCAAUGUUCCCGGUCUCUCCGUCGAAUGGGCGAACAUUGAACGAUGCAAUUUGAUUGCCAUGGCUUGGGACGAUUUUCUCCGUACCAAUAGUGACCAAAAGUAUCCAAAUCUCGCAUCCGCUGACCCGUUAAAAAUCCAUCCGCACAUUGCGCCACUGGACGAUCCUUCCGCCCACUCUGAAGCUCAGAAUCAGGUCCGAUAUGGCGAAAUGAUCGAUUUGGUUCGGGACCGAGACUCAUCCAUCUACAUGUUGCCUGGUUGUGAGCCGUCGAUCAAGGCUCUCGAGAACAUGAGGAAGAGUUUGUUCGAAGAUUGGAUGGAUAAGCACGGGUACGACCUGCUGGCAUUUCCGACCAACGGUGAUGUAUCUUUUGCCGAUGCCGAUGAGAAUAUCGAAUCCAUGCGCCAUGCACUCCAGGACGGCGUCAAAUACGCGAAUGGAGGUCGAGCACUCAAACACCUGGGAGUGCCUUGCAUUACCGUUCCAAUGGGUGAAAUGAAGGACAAACAAAUGCCUGUCGGUAUUACUUUUGUCACCAAGGGCUGGACCGAUCAGGACUUGCUUAAAUAUGCCUUUGCGUAUGAAGCAGGGUCGCAGCGACGGACCGCUCCUCACCUGGCCCCAGAAAUCGCUACCGACCACAUCCCCCUAACCGAAAGGACAUUGACAAGCCAGAAACCGGUCUUGAAAAUCAAAUCCGCUGUCUGGGAGAAGGAGCACGACAUCAAAAAUGAGAUUCGUCAUGUUUCUGUUCGUGGCACCUUGACUGUAACCCAUAGAUCAAUCAGCAUUGACUCCAUUGAGGCAUUUGUGGACGGGAGUCUGCCGACGGCUCUCUCUUUGGAGGGCGAGACGUGGUCGUUUAGCGACUGUCUAUGCAGGCCCAAGAGAAAUGACAAAUACCCUACAUUGGCACCUGUGCCAAAGGAUCACUUCCUGCUAGUCAUCGUUGCCAAGGCCUCUAACGGUCGGUGUGAUGCCCAAAUGCUGAUGAUAGAAUAG